CGAGAGUCCCACAGAAAUCCCCGCCUUCGUCCUACAGUUCGGCAUAUCAUUGAACGUGCGGGCUCCAUGGAAUGUUGCCACUUGCGCCACGAUUAUCUUCGUCUGCCUGGCUUGUAUCCGGCAUGCUAAGACUAAUAUUCUGAUCUACGAUUAUUCCUUCGGCACGACAAUCGCUGCUCUUGCUAUGGAUGCCAUACAUUUGACAUUACUGGUUCAACCCCUUCACACCUUCCGUCAUCAGAAGCAAACAGGGUCAGCACAUGAACUGCCUUGGUCCAAGAGGUUUGCUUGGGCCUCGCAAUUGUGCGCUUCGCCCAGAGGAGUGGGUUGGGAUCAUCAGAUUAAAAACCUGUCUGGGCAAUCCGCACCAUCAAGACAAGAAUUUAUCCGUUCGCGUUUGAUGAACGCAGCCAAGCACAUCCUGUGGUUUAACAUUGCACUAUUCUACAUGAGGCAUGAACCGGAGUAUCAGUCUGCUGCAGCCUUCGCAUCCCGACCGUUCGUCCCCCGCCUUCUCACCUGCGGCGCAUUUCUUGUGUUGCAGUAUUGCGUGGGUGCCACAAUCCAUUCAUUGACAGCGGCUCUUGUUGUAAGUUGCACGUCGUCUGAGCCAAGUUCUUGGCCCUAUUGGUUUGGUAAAUGGGAGGAUGCGUAUACGAUCAGACGAUUCUGGGGUCGAACUUGGCACCAACUCUGCCGACGCUUUCUGACCCCCUUUGGCCAAAAAAUGGCAUCAUUUCUGGGCUUCAAACGCGGAACAAACGGAUCGUCCUACACUCAGCUUUACACCGCCUUUUUCAUCUCCGGCAUUGCUCAUUUAGGAGGUGAUGCAGUGAUCAACUCCUCUCGCCUCGGAAUUUCGUUCCCUUUCUUCAUAUAUCAGGCAUUGAUCAUCACGUUUGAGGAUAUGGUUAUAGCUGCUGCUCGGCGUGCGGGAGUGAAGGAGACGAAAGGGGCGCGGAUAGUGGGGUAUGCGUGGGUGGCUUGUUGGUUUAUUGUUACUGCGACACCGUGGACCACUGCUCUUAUCAUUGCUGCGUUAGAAGGCAGUGGGGGUAAAGUGAUCCCCUCCAACAAUUUUCCACCUUCUUUUUCUAAAUUAUUUUUUUGGGUGUAUAGUGUAUUAGCAUGCGGAGCUGAGCGGAAGAAGGAUUAGUCUUGUAAGUUUUCACAUACGAAGCAUCAAGAUUAGACACUUUACGAUAUCUGUAUGCGUUGUCUGUUUAGACACAGUC